UGUUCUUAUAUUCGGAUAGCUUUCCGCCAUUGUAAAAGUUGCAUCGUUUUGAAUGAAUUGAAAAUAACUUUUAAUCAAAUGAAAACGUUUAAAACGUCAAAGCCACUUAUUUUGUAUCUGUGCAUGGAUAUUUAAUAUCAAACAUGCCUCUAGAUGCAGGACAAAAGUUACAGGGCAUUACGGCCCCUAUCAGCAUGGAAGGACCAAAGCCUAUUGACAUUCAUCUGUCAAAGAAGUUGGAGGAAUACAUGCGACCUUUUGGUGUAUUUGAAAGUGAAGAGGAAUUGGCACACAGGAUGGAUGUUCUUAACAAAGUGAAUCUGCUGGUCAGGGAAUGGAUCAAAGAUGUUAGUCGAAGGAAGAACAACAUUCCAGAGAACAAAAUCGACUCAUUUGGAGGAAUGGUGUGCACGUUCGGAUCCUACAGGCUGGGUGUUCACACUAAAGGUGCUGAUAUUGAUACCCUGUGUGUGGCCCCACGACACGUAGAAAGGACCGAUUUCUUCACCUCAUUCAUAGAGCUUCUCAAGGAACAGUCGGAGGUCAAAGAGCUAAGGGCUGUUGAGGAGGCGUUUGUACCAGUCAUAAAAAUGUCCUUCGAUGGCAUCGAGCUGGAUAUGACGUUUGCACGACUGGCUUUACCAACAAUACCGGAGGAUAUUGAUCUCAAAAACGAAUCAUUGUUGAAAAACCUCGACCUGAAGUGUGUGCGCAGUCUCAAUGGUUGUAGAGUAACGGAUGCAAUUUUACACCUGGUCCCAAAUGUAGAAAACUUCAGGAUGACACUCAGAGCUAUCAAAUUAUGGGCUAAAAAGAAGUGUAUAUAUUCCAACUCUCUUGGUUUCCUUGGUGGUGUAUCGUGGGCAAUGCUAGUGGCCCGGGUAUGUCAGUUGUAUCCUAAUGCUGAUCCCUCCACACUGCUUCAGAAGUUCUUCAUGGUCUACUCAAAAUGGGAAUGGCCGCAACCGGUGUUAUUAACAGAGCUUUCACAGGAAAAUAAGCUGAACUUUGCUGUAUGGGACCCACGGAUCAACCCAUCUGACCGGUUCCAUCUGAUGCCCAUCAUCACCCCGGCCUACCCAUGUCAGAACUCAACAUUCAAUGUCACCAACUCCACAAGACAGAUCAUGAUGGACGAAUUCAAAGAAGGUCUGGAAGCCACUUCAGAGAUUUACAAACAGGGAGAAGAGGGUAAUUGGGCCUUGCUUUUUGGACCAUCCAACUUCUUCCAAAAAUACAAGCAUUACAUUGUGUUAUCAUGUGCAGCACAGGAAGAGUCCUCCUAUCUUGAAUGGCAUGGUUAUAUAGAGUCUAAGAUCCGAUUGUUGGUCGGAAACUUGGAGAGAAACCCGUUUAUCCGGUUAGCUCAUGUAACACCAGAGUCACAUGGGCCUCUUGAUAACAGUGAUCAUAAGUUUAUGUGUAAGUGGUUCAUAGGAUUGUCUUUCAACAAAGUGGAAAACCAGAAUGUAGAUCUCACAUUUGAUAUUCAAAGUUUCACAAACAUAGUGUAUAAGCAAGCUGUGCAUAUUAAACUGUAUAAAGAUGACAUGACUGUUGACAUUCGGCAUGUGAAGCGGAAAAUGUUGGACCAGUUUGUACCACCUGACGUGCUAGUCCGAGGGGCAAAGCCUAGACCUGCCAAGAAAAUUCAUGCAAGCACGGGCAAUCUGCAGCGACUGUCUACAGAGUCGCAACAACAGCAGCCCAAGACGUUGCCUCACAGUCGUUCUGACACAGAACUCGUUCAUGUGACGGGUUCAGAGGUCAUUGACCUAUCUGGAGAGGACAAACCUGUGAAUGGGUCGGAUGAAGUUAUUGAUCUUGAUAAGAAGAAUAGAAACGCUGAAGUUAUCAUUAUUGAGGACAAUGAAAGAGGGAAACGUCCAUGUGACGAUAAUGAAAUUGCCCAACCAACAAAAAAGUUUAAACCUGCUGAACAGGCGAACACUCCGAUGGAUGUGAACCUGCAGAGCCCGAACAGUCUACGCAAACGUGACAGCUCACCCCCACAGUGUGACACGCCCGUGAAGCGCUCCAAGUCCCUGGAGGAAGCACAGACAGGCCGCAUUUCUGGGAGUGGAUCACCAAUGCACACAGAAUCUGUGUUUGGUAGCCCAGUGGGAAAGGGCGAGUCUGGAGACGGGGUGGGGCAGGGUCUUGCUCCUGUGGGAGAGGAUAAGGAGCCCUUGCAGAUGGACAAGGGUUCAUGUUUACCGGCACUGCCUGCUGGCAAACCCAUUGAGAAAGUGGCAUGACACGGUGGUCAAGGGGAGUUAACCCUCACACUAUUCAGGUCCAAUUUCUGUUGCACAUAAUCACACGACUUUUCGGGGAAUAUCUGUCACUCACUACAUAACAUUAUUGUUUAUUCAUUAACUGUAUAAUAUUAUGUUUUUCAUCCCCUAUUUGUACAUUAUCAUACGAGUAAAAACCUGUAUUAAGAGUGCAUUGACUAAUACAUUUUGAAACAUUUCUAAGUAGAUCGUUUUGUUUGUGGUUUUGUAUGCUUAUUUAAUACAUACGUGUGUACAAUCUUUCAUUGGGAUUGUUCAUGUAACUUGCUCAUUAAUUUGCUGAUAACUGAUACUAACUUAAUGGUUGUUAAUAAAUCUUGUCUUCAUGAGGCAUUUCAACUAAGCCAAAGACGUGUUCAAAUGAUAAGUGGCAUUGCAUACUUAAAAAUUAUUUCUGCCUUACGUUCAUUGCCAUGGUCAGUGAAGUCAAAUACUCCGGCUAGUGUACUACAAUGUAGUUUAUGUUCUACAGUUGUAGGUUAAAGGGACAAUCUCAAGUUUUACUCGGUCACACAUUGAACAAGAAUAAUACAGGAAGCUUUUUGCAAUAAUGAUUGAAAAUAUUUCAUUUUGCUGAAGUGUGUAAGUACCGAAAGGCAAUUGAAAAGUUCUAAUGAAUAAUUUAUUACUUAAGGCUUGAAUUUACGAAUUUCGAUUCAAAUAGGUAUCUGUCAGAUACUGGUCGUUCGCUCAUAAUGAAAAUUAUAAUAACUCGAUUUAAACAUGUUUUGAAAAAAAAUGUUGUGACCAUGAAAUCUGCGAAGGAGUUCCUUUAAUAUGCAUCAAAUGUGUCGGGCCGGUGAGUGAUCUGAUGGUGGGGUGUUACAGGCGGGAAGAAUCUACCGCCUGCCCAGCAAAGAGGUGCCCGACCUGAUGAGCCCGUUGGCCAACCAAAACAACAGCGUCCCACCAGUGUCCAAUGCCAACCUGCCCAAACACUCGAUUAAACUCUCCCUAAAAGUGAGAGGUGAAAAAUGGAACUAGUAGAUAAAAUUGUUGGCUUAUAUACAUAACUGUGCAUUUUCACUGCUUUUUAUACUUUAAUUUUUGUUUGCUUGCUUUGAGCCUUUGGAAGGCCAUGCUUUUUGUUAGGUUACAACAUUCUGAACUACACUGAUGGAUUGAGGAUUUAGUGUCAUUUGAAAUGUGGAAUCAUGCAAUACUUUUUUGGGUAUAACAAUCUGAAUUUCAUUUUGAAUGAUUGAGGACUUAAUUUAAUUGCCCCGAAAGUGGGCAUAUUAAAAUUGCACUGUCCAUCUGUCUGUGCAGUCUUCCAUGUCCUGGCUUUUAAAAUUACUUGGCACAUAUGUUCAGUACAUUAAGAUUAUGAUGCAUGCAAGACCCACGUCCCUACCUCAAAGGUCAAGUCAAGGUCACACAGGUUUAUUUUUAUGAAAUGCUGCAUAUUUGCAUAUACAGAAUAGUUGGUCAUGUCCGGGCUGUAACUUUGUUAUGAACAGAGGGAUUUGAAAAUAAAUUGGCACAUGAGUUCAGCUCAUGUCGCAUGCAAGACCCUCACCCCUUCCUCAAAGUUCAAGGUCACAGCUUAUCAUUAUGUAAUGCUGUAUAUCGUCACUGGCUCUAGUGCAAGAAUCCAAUAGCUACAUAUUAAAAUAAAAAUAGAUAUUGAGUUCUUACAUUAAGUCAACGAUAUGUGCAUAUAGCGUCAAAUUGGUCCUAUCCUGGCUGUAACUCAUCAAUGGAGGGUUUUAAAAUUACUUGGCGCAUGUAUUCAUUACAUGAAGGUGAUGUGUCAGGUGCAUGAUCAGAAACCCAACUUCAAAGUUCAAGGUCAAGCUUAAUUUUUAAUCAUUAUUGAAUGCUGCAUAUAAGCACAUUGAGUAUCUGCUCAAGGGCUGAUUUUUUGAAAAUUAAGUUUGGUACAUCAUGGCAAUGUGUCACGUCCAGGACCCACUGGUCGACCCUAUCUGAUCAUUAUGCAAAGCUUCAUAUAUGCACAUAGAUAGUGUAUUGUUGUUUCUGUCCGGGCUGUAACUUUGUCAUGCAGGGAGAUAUCUUUAAAUUAAUUUGUCUUCGUUCUCACCUCUUCCUCAAUCCACACUUGACUUCAACCUUCAUAGAGGCACGCAUAUGCUUACGGUUUAUGAUAGCUUUUUCUGAAUGUAGGUAUAUUAGUAAUUGCAUAAGCCAUUGAACUGCAUGGCACUUCGGAAGCAUUUGUCACUUACUGUGACAGCUCUUGUCCUUUAAAUGGUUAACCAUACCAUACGUUUUGAGAUACAACAUUCUGAAUUACACUUUAAACUACGAAGAAUUUAAUUUUAUUUGAAAUUUUAAACCAUAUCUUAAAACAUCUGUCAGAUAUGAGAAAAUGUUCAGACUAUUCUGUGUUAGAUUUGUUGGUGAUUUUAAUGUUCAAAAUAUGAGUAAGAUUGUUAGUAAAUCUUGUUUUCACGAGGCUUGUAAUGUUGAAGAUGUGUAUUCUAUACAAUGGAUACUUUAAGGUAAAUGUAGUAUAUAUUUGUUAUGUUGUAAAUAUGAUAAACUGUAUGUAAAUAUGAUGAGCUGUAUAAACAUGUAUGAAGGUGUAAAAUGGGUGUCAUUUUUUUCUCAUUUGUAAAUCCAUAACAUUUGUGUACACAUAUUUGACUUGUAUUUUACACUCAAGAUAUUUUGGCCUUCACAUAUGAGGUGUGUUAAUACAAUAUUAACUUAAAUGUCAUAUUUCUAGACUUAAGUGGUGAUAUUUGAAUAAAUUAUCAUUGUGUGUAUCUUUUGAACAUCAACAAUACAAAAUGUAAUGGAUAAAUAUUUCAUCCUGUUCAUUUUUAAUAAUUCAUAUCCAGUUCAUGUACUAACUAGGCAUAUUUUGUUCAUAUAAUAAAAUGUUUUUUUCUUGUAUAUUACCAUAACACAUUCUUUUCUGCUUUACAAAAAAUCGUUUUUUACUGUUGUGUGUUUUAAUUGAUUUUAUAUUUUACAAAUCUGCCAUCCAUUAUUUUCCCUAAAAGAAUAAUUGAAAAUUAAUUUAUGGCAACAUGUAGUACUUUCUCACAAGUAUGUCUUGUAAAUACAAUCUCAUGUUCAUCUUAUAAUACGACAGUUGUAAAAUUUGUAAAAUUGGGUUAUCUAUUUCAUGUAAACCUGAAUUGUAAGCACAUCAUAGUUUCAUUGUUGAAGUAACCUAAUAAGUGCUAUAAAUAACAACAAUAUCAACUCUAUAAUGGUUUAUUGUGUUAGUAUGCUGGUGGCCAGCUAUUCUUAAGAAAAUUAUAUAUUUGCAUUACCAUUAAAAAAAUCAGUAAAUCUCAGCAGCCAGUUGUUUAAAACUUGGAUAAUUGUCAGGUUAAAUAGUUUGCACAUUUCAAUGAUUUGAUUGGUUAAUAUUAUUUUUUGAAAAAAAUAUUGACCAAUCAAUAACAUUUGGGCUCACUUUAACCAAUGCAAAGAAUUCACAUGUUUUUAUACAAUUGGCUGCAAUAUUUCAUGUUUUGCAUCACUUCUAUCAUGUUAUGACCAUUCUCCUUCAUCAAGAGGUUUGAUAAUGAUAAAUCUUACAGUAGCAUCAUCACUCUGGUGAACGAGAAUGGUCUUGACAGACACUGGCUGUGGCAACAAUGAUAACAUGUUCAUGUGAUUGGAGUAUAUAUGAUGUGUUUGUUGAUAUUUGUUAAAUAAUAUGUGAUUGUGUUAAGUUAACCCUUUGUAUGCAUAACUCGGCCAUUUGUAAGUAUUGCAAGAAGUGAUUUUAUUUGGUUUUAUUUAAAAUUUUGUAAAAGUUCAUUUGAAAGUUUGUAAAAUAGCAUUCAUAAAUAUGAGAACUUGUUUUUCAUUGUUGUAAAUUGCUAUCUUAAUAUGAAACUGUUAUACUAUUUUGAACAUAAUAAAAUAUUGAACAAACAA